UGAGAAGCUUGCUAUAUUAGAGGAAAUGUUGUCUAUUCUGGUUUUAAUAGGCGUCAUAUUUACACAUUCAGAUGCACUAAGACGUAUUGUCAAUGGUAGAGAAGGACAUAUUCAAGAUUUCCCAUAUCAAGUUUCAAUACGACGAUAUUCAAUUCAUGUUUGUGGUGGAUCGGUAAUAGAUGCUCAAUGGGUAAUUACUGCAGCUCAUUGUAUUGAAACUUUUGAAAAACAGCCAAGAGUAUUUUCUUUGCGCAUCGGUAGUUCAAAUCGUGGACGAGGAGGUGAAGUUGUUUCGGUGUAUAAGAUAUAUAAACAUCCCUUAUAUAUUAGUGAAACGAUGAAUUUUGAUGUUGCGCUGCUUCGAACACAGAAAAAUAGAUUACGUGGAGAGUUUGUGCGUCCAAUUAAAAUACCCGUAGAAGAUACAGCUAUCACUGAUAAUAUGGAAGCAAUCGUGAGUGGCUGGGGACAUAUGAGCUCGUCAGAACACGUUUUAUCAAUACUCUUGAAGUAUACGACCGUUAGAAUUGUGAAUCAACAAAAGUGUAUUGAAUCGAUGAAAGCACAAGGCGCUGUUACCGAAGCAAUGUUCUGUGCUGCUGCACGAAACACGGAUGCAUGUCAGGGCGAUAGCGGUGGUCCAAUAAUAAGUAGCAAUGAGCUAAUUGGAAUCGUGAGCUGGGGAGUCGGUUGUGCAGAUCCUCAAUAUCCAGGCAUUUAUACACGUUUAUCUUAUCCUGUUACACGCUCUUGGAUUAAGCUCAUGUCAGGACUAUGA